AUGGGCCUCCUCCGCGCGGCAUACUUCACCGCCCUCUUCGGCGCGUCAUGGAAGAUCAUCCACGGCCCCAUGGUGCUCAAGUCGCAGGCGUACAAGGCCCACGGCCCCGUUCUGCAGAGCGCCGCCUGCUUCGCCAAGCCUGGGUUCGAGCACUACCCAUGGCUGGGCCCCAAGCUUGACCAGAUCAACUGCGUCCUCAACUCGAUCUUCAUCUCGUCUAAUGAGUCGCCCGCGGCCGUCCUGUUCAUGAAGACCUUUGGCGCCGUCUUCUUCUGCACGGUCCUCAUGUCGACGUACGAAGGGUUCAGGCCCCAGUACCGUCGCGCCAAUGUGGUCACCGGCACGCUCGCGCGCGCGAGCUCCUUCUUCCUCCUUCUCGGCCAGCUCAUCGCCGCGGGGUGCAGCACCCCCUUGCAGAUGAUCUUCUCGGCCCUGUCGAGCGGCGACGGGCCCGUCGCCCCGCCUGCGGCCGAGUACAUCUGGACAGCGCUCGUGGCCACCUUGGUCACCUUCAACGGCACGUUUGCGCACGUCGUGUCCACCAACUGGUCGUACCGCGCGCUGUCCAUCUGGCAGCCUUUCCCCGUAUACACCUGCGCGCUCGCCCUCGUGCUCCCGCCCAUCCUCCGCGCCGUCGGCCUGGGACACAAGCACACCCGCAUCCCGGCCAUUGUCAUCAUUGCGGCCCUCGGCACCGCCGCGUCCGUACAGGGUCACGUCGCGCUCGUCAAGGGCACGGUCCUCGACCCCAACGGCCUGGACAUCAAGGACGUGUUCCUCGUCAACCCGGCCCCGCUCCUCGCCCCGCUCUCGUACGGCGCCCACCUCCUCUUCGUGUGGGACUUUGUCUUUGUCACUGCCACCGUUGCCUCGCUCGUGGUCUUCACGUCCGGCUCGCUCGUCGCCCUCGUGCCCAUCGUGGGCAUCUCGGCGCUUGCCGGCCCCGGUGCCGGUCUCAUCAUCCCCUGGGCCGUGCGUGAGAUCAACGCGAGCCACGCUGCGGCCAACAAGAAGGCAUGA